AUGGCCGAGGAGCCGAGAGUACAGAAUCCUGUGCGAAAUUCGUACUACUAUGAUCAUCAACUGCCGGCGGGACAUCCACAGGAGAAAGAGAGGGUGCUUCACCUGAUCGCCCUAAAUCAACCAAUGUCGGGACGUAUGUCCGGUCUUCGAGGUGCUGAUCUACAAUGCUAUAAAGAAGCGCGCCAAGCCGGAUUUUCAACAACUUUCCGCGCAUUGUUGAGCAGUAAAACACAGGACCUCGUGAACAUUGUGCACAAAGUGGAUCGCGGUACCCGUGUGGUGAAUGUGGAUGGAGAAGAGCUGUGGCCAUCGUGGGAUGGACUAAUCGAGGGUAGACCACCAGCUGAUGGCGUCGCUCUACAGUCAUUCCAUCGUCAAGACGUCUUCCAAUCAUCUGAAUGGUCUGAUCGCCGUGUCUGGCACGGAUCGGUGGAUGGCGGCCUCCGAUCGUCGGAUCUUCUUUGCGAUGGCUGGAGGACUGGUAGUGCUUGGGAGAACGCGCUCGCGUCACCUUUGGAACGCGGGAUGCCGUUGGUGGGGAUGGCGCAGAAGGUCUCUUGCGACUCCAAGUUGAUUGUGCUCUGCGUCGAGAACAUGUCGAAAUACAACGUCGACCGCAUCCUCGCCAAGAAGAACGUCCACGAACGAGAC